GAUCUAGCCAAGGCUUCUAGACUUCAGGAGCUUAAGAAUCAUCCGGAGGGCCGGGCGUGGUGGUGCAGGCCGGUAGUCCCACCCACUCCGAAGGCUGCGGAGGGAGGAUCAACUUGAGUCUGGGAACUCAGCCAGGAAUUCAAGACCAGCCUGGGCAACACAGGUGUUGCUGAAAAUGUCAGACGCAAAUUUGGAUAGCAGCAAGAAGAAUUUCUUUGAGGGGGAAGUAGAUGAUGAGGAAAGUGUGAUUUUGACACUGGUGCCAGUUAAAGAUGACGCAAAUAUGGAACAAAUGGAACCAAGUGUUUCUUCAACUUCUGAUGUCAAACUGGAGAAGCCUAAGAAAUACAAUCAAGGUCAUCUACUUCAAACAAAUGAACAAUUUACAGCUCCACAAAAAGCUAGAUGCAAAAUACCAGCCCUUCCCUUGCCGACCAUCUUGCCUCCCAUUAAUAAGGUGUGUCGGGACACUUUGCGGGACUGGUGUCAACAACUCGGUUUGAGUACUAAUGGCAAGAAAAUCGAAGUUUAUCUGAGGCUCCAUAGGCAUGCUUACCCUGAACAACGGCAAGAUAUGCCUGAAAUGUCACAAGAGACCAGAUUACAGCGAUGUUCGAGGAAACGCAAGGCAGUGACCAAGAGAGCAAGGCUUCAGAAAAGUUAUGAGAUGAAUGAGAGAGCAGAAGAAGAAGAGACCAAUACAGUUGAAGUGAUAACUUCUGCACCGGGAGCCAUGUUGGCAUCAUGGGCAAGAAUUGCUGCAAGAGCUGUUCAGCCUAAGGCUUUGAAUUCAUGUUCCAUUCGUGUUUCUGUUGAGGCCUUUUUGAUGCAAGCCUCUGGUGUCAGGUGGUGUGUGGUCCAUGGCAGACUUCUCUCGGCAGACACAAAGGGUUGGGUACGCCUGCAGUUUCAUGCAGGUCAGGCCUGGGUGCCAACCACUCACAGGAGGAUGAUUUCACUCUUCUUGUUACCUGCCUGCAUUUUCCCAUCCCCAGGCAUAGAAGAUAAUUUGUUAUGCCCCGACUGUGCUAAGAGGAAUAAGAAGAUGAUGAAAAGAUUAAUGACACUAGAGAAGUAGCAGCAACCUGUUUGAAUACAAUGUACUAAAGGAGGGAUGUACUUUCAGACCAUGUAACCUAUUAUGAAGGAAUGGAAGAGGAGACAAUUUGAAUGAAUCCUCAUGAUCUACAAAACAAAAUCAGUGACUAGGACUCCACAGUGAAGAUGGUUGACUAGUGACACAGCCCCAUCUA